AGCAUUUUCCUGCUUUCUGCUCCUUCCUUCAAUCAAACUCUUAUCUUUCUUAUCCUUCUCUCAGGUUACUCAUGUUGCACCUGCAACAGGGUUAUUAUUUAUCAUUAUCCACGUUCAAUCCGUCAUGCUAAUAGCCCUAGUUUGUUUGUUCAACACCGGAUCCUCUCUUGACAUCCCUUUCCAAUCUGUGUCUCCAAUUGAAAACUAAAGGGUAUCCUCCUUUUCUCUUCUCUUCGUCCUUGCAGCUACGUAGCAACCCGCAAUAGCUAUAUGUUCUGUUAUUACCAGAGCUUAGCUUCCACAAUAUUAUUUGCCGUCUCAUAUUCUCAACCAGAAAAAUGGGUCUCAAAAAGUUGACACAAAUAAUACAGUCUGCACAUGAAACGAAGGAAAAUGGCUGUUCUCAAGCUGAAGUUGCUGAGAUAUCGGCAGCAACCUUGGGAAAUGAUCCCCCGCUUUCAUGGUAUGCCAGUAUAUCAGCAAUGUGUCUCAAUACAGUUACACCAUUAGGACAAAAUUCACCUCCCACAAGCGCCAGCUACAAUGGCAAUAGUAAUCCGAGUCGCAUUCCACCGCCUUACUCUUUCCCUCCCUCCGACAGAAGCAACAUAAGGGAUGGGGCGGGAAUUUCAUCUCCAGUACCAGCGCAGAGGGCCCGUUCCAUCCCAAUACAUUUCCUGGUCAACCCUACACCACAAUCACCAAGAUCGUUCACCACCUUCGAACUUCCUUCUCCUUCGUCAACCCUACCUUCCAUAUCUACUCCGUCCUCGAUCCCUAUACCGCACCAUCCAUCGGGACAAUUAAUUUGCCAGUACACACCAGCUCUUUUUGAUGAUUCAGUAAAAAAUACCCUGCCAGAUGCACAACAGUCGCGCCUUUAUAUUCCUCCAUCGACAUCUACGCCCGAGCCUGCUUCUAGUGAUAAUAACCCUUCUUGUAUAUUGAAAGUCUCGAAUAGUGGUGUUAAAGGUGAUACUGAAGCACUGAGUGAAAAUGGUACCAAUCCGACUCGAUCUGUAUCCGUACGAAGAACAAAAAAGCCGGAUGUGAAGAUUACAAAGACAGGAAAGAUUUCCCACAGGGUAUCAAGAAGUGGCUUUAACAAAAAAACUACUGCUUAUAAUCGGUUCCUUCAGCAGCAGAGCAAAUGUAUGACUAAGAAUUACCCUCACUUGACGCCGCAAGAGCGAAUGAAACUAAUAGCAGAGGCUUGGGCCGUUUCCGAGAAGAAUCCACACACAACGCGAAGGAGUCGCUUCCAAGCAGUAGUAGACAGCCGAAACCAAGGUCAGGGCCUCAGCUAGAACCUCUCCUUUUUCUCCGAACCUUAUUCCGCCUCAUCAAUAAGCCUGUCCUUUGUCGCUCAGAGCAACUCGAGGACAUUAGUUAAAAUAAGCAGUGAUCUAAAUAUUAUUCUAGUAAUUGAGAUAGGGUCAGUAAUGAUGAUAGUGAAUAAGUGAAUACGGUGGUUCUCUUGAUUAUGGUCAAUCCAUACCGAUAAUGCUAGCAAUGAUGGUAGUGAGUAUGAUGCUCAUAGCCAUUAGAGCUGAGAACAUCGAUGUAUGAUGCUUCCCUUAUUUAUUAUCAAUUCAUACUAACAAUACUAUCUGAAUAUCUGUGGAA